AUGGCGGAAAUCACUCUGGAUAGGACUCUGGUGCUUCUGUCAUCCGAGAAGCAAAAAGAGCGUUCUGAUGGUCUAGCUGAUUUGAAGCAUAUACUCCAACAAAAUAAACGGAACUCAAAACUGAGUUCCCUGAAUGACAAAGCUUGUCAUAAAAUCUUUGAGUCACUGUUCCGAUUCAUCUCGUCAGAGAAAUCUCUGUAUAAUCGAGCAAAUUCUAAGGGCCCAUCUGCGUCUCGCUUAUCAACAUGCGCAUCUGUUCUGCGAUUAGCUGUUGACGCCCUUCUGCAUAACUUGCGGGCCAAGUCUGUUCGUGCGGUUGUUGAUCAUAUAACCGAAACUUUGCAGGACCCAGGAAGUAGUCUGUUUGAGCUUCUCGGUGUGGAUUAUACAAAAUGCUUGACUGCAUUGCUAAAUUAUCCUCCACAUGUCGAACAUCUGGGGGCCAGUGAAUGGCAGAAGCUUAUGGAUUUUUGUCUAAAGAUCUUGAAGACCCAAGAUUAUGAGGACGACCGUGCGCAUACCGGGAGCGAUUCUCGGUCCACUUUGGAUAACUUCUUGGGAGCUGGAGGUACUCCCACACCGUCCAGAUCGACGCCAACACUAACUGUCAGAGAGAAAUCCAAAGGCGAUAAGAGUGCAAUCAGCGAGGCCGUAGUCUGUAUUCAGCUGCUAACGGCAAGCGUUAAUGCUCCAGUUCAAGAGCCCGCCGCGAAUAUACUUCAUGGGCUAGUGGGUUAUGUCAAGUCGUCGCAUAUCGCGGGAAGUGGACACCAAAGCGCAUUCAAUAGCAUUAAUUCGGUCAUCAUGAGGGUGUUAUCUGACAAGUCAGAGCUUGUCCAGAGCAUACUGCUGGACUUAAUACCCGUAAUUUGUCACCUGUGGGCUACCAAACUCGUAGGGUUGAAAGAUGAAUUGCUUGUCACCAUCAUGCUCUGCAUUGUCCUCUUGACCGCAGCGACUCGACAGGAGCCAUCGGAGCUGUUGAACCGCUCUAUUGAAGAUCUCUUGGGUGCCCUGUACAAAGAGUAUAUCAAGCGUCCAGAAAAGGAUAUCCUACAGGUUGAUGAGUUGGUUUUCCAUCAGAAAACUUCGGCGGCGGUGGAUAAGAUCUUGAUAUGGCCCCGUCUUGAAUCUGGCAGAUCAGAGCACAAUUGGACCGUGAUCUGGGCUAUAGCUAACCUUGUGGAUUUAUCAGAAGAGAUAACUGCGCGAUUGUCGUCGCCACAUGAAAUUCACCGUGAUUGCGCUUCAUCUUCAGGUACCAGAAGAAUCUGCGCUCUGCAAUUGAUUCCGCUUCUCCCCAAGUACCAUGCUAGUGGCGAUUCAAAGUCAUCGCUACUUCUACGGUUAAUACCAAACAUACUCGACGAUAAUGGCAUACUAGCAUCCUGGACAAUGAUCACUAUUUCAAGCCUUGCUGGGAGUCCUAACGCAGACUCGCCCACAUUAAGGGCAAUUUGGCAACAGGCUUGGGAGCUCACAUGCCGUGCCUCAACUUCCCAGGCUACUUCUAGGGCAUCUUGUAUUCUCAUGAAUAGCAUUCUUGAGUUCAACCUUUUGGAAUAUUCGACAGUCGUGGAGGCCACGAACUCGAUGCUUACAUCUGUCAAUCUAAACGGCCCAUCUACGGUGUCCGAUGCAUCAUUGGCUUUAUGGGCCACAACAACUCGAAUGACUGCGCAGAUAAAUCCAGGAUCCCUUCCAAAUGCCUCAAAACAGAUAUGCACCUGGCUUCGAGAGGUUUGGGUUAUUGGAACGGCAACUGAUCGGACACAGCUAGCUCAACUUGCUUCAUUCGCCCGGCCCUUGGACCUCUUAAACCUUCUUUUAGCCUGCACUAAUAGGCAUUAUAUCCCGCCCAAACCUCAGUUCAGAGGAGCAACGAGUCUCAUUGCCAAAGGCUGGUAUUUUCUUCACAGGAGCAAACAACUGCUGAAUUACCUAUUUCAACUCAAAGGUACAUUGGAUUUUGAUAUGUGGGAUACUGAUGAUACUAUCCAUUUGGAGACAUUUUCACGACAAGAUCCAAAUGACAACAUGGUUCUGGAUCUCUUGCAGGCAAAAUCCGAAAUGUUCUUGCAAGCCUUCCAAUCAUUAUAUGAGGAUAAAUCACAUCAUAUAACGGUGGACAUCGUGCAGAUAGUUGCGUCUUUCUGUAUUCUCGUUGCUCUUUACACGGAAUGUCUGCCGCACCAAUCUGCAUCAAAACUCCAAAACUUACAGCAGAAUAGCGAGCGUCUAUGGGAGAUUAUAUGCACCUUCCUGGCCUCUCACGAACAUGAAUUCGUUCAAGGUUGUCUGGUAGUAUUGUCGCCUUUCCUUGAUCCUGAACAGUUAUCGUUCAAUCCUGACUCAACGGUCUCAAAGGCUCUGCUCAGGCUUGUCCUUCCAUUAGCGAGCCUUUUAGAAGCCUAUAGAAGAUGUCAGAGAGAGAAUUUGGCUCCCCAUAACGGGGAGCCUAUGGAUUUGGACGAUACUCUAUUCAAUUCAAAAGAUCGGCUGGCGGAGGUCACCUCAAUCAUCAAGUCCAAGAGAGAAGCGCUACCCUUAUUCCAGGAGUUUUCCUCCUUCCAGCGGUGUACUACUAUUCAGCUCUCUGUUUUACAGAAAACCCACGCACUUUUGAACAACCGCGAUCAACCUUCCAGUAGGGCUCUGGUUGAAUACUUGAUCGAUUUAGACGAAGUUGAUAUCUUAGCCGCGGGGAACUUUUUACCUCACGUCUACCGUGCAAUUUCUGGAAUGGGCCGGACUUCGUUGCUCGACAUCCUUGAAGACCUGGCUGAAAAGUGCCUACAGACUUAUGAAUUGGAGCGCUGUGAAGCCUCUCACUUCCUUUGUAUUCAUAUGAUGCAUAGCUUUGUCAAAGCAUGGGUCAACCCGGAAGAUGAUAAUCUCAGUGAUUCAGCAUCAGAUAUCUAUACAUGGCUCAGAGACGUUUUAUUGGCAAAAGACAUGGCAUCGCCUUCCGUUCUCGUUAUGUUCAGUGAACUCCUAGUGGGUGUCAUCAAUACCAACGCCUCGUACUCCAGCGGUGAAUCGAGCACAUCUCCACGAACAAGCCUUCUGCAGAUUUUAGAGAAGGGCAGCAUACCAGUUAAAUUUGAUGUUGGAAAUCUGAUUCCCCGACUAUUUGGCCUGUAUUCACUAAAUGAUCAUGAUGCCAUAUUCAACGACGUGCUGAGACACCUUCCCAAAGAGUCCGAUUGGGUAGAAGGCAUCGCCCUUCGUUUGUUCAUAUUAGGACAAUUAGCUUCACGAUGGCAUACUUUACUCCGCAGAAGCAUUUACCACAUGUUCGAAACCCCGGCACAUGUACCUCAUUCACUUCAGUAUGCUGAGAAGUGCAUAAGUGGUGUUGCCAAUACGCUUGGACUCAAAGAUGCGAAAGCGCUCUUUCGGCUAUUUUCUUCCCAGAUCCUCUAUACCUGGACUGAGCAGGAAUCAAUUACAGUCAUGCCUUUCACUAUAUUUGGAUAUGCAAGUAUCAAGGACAUGUUAAGCGAUGUUCAAGACGAACUUGUCGGUCAAAUUAUCAUGCGUGCGCGGGAGGAUGAGGAGAUGGAAAUGUCAAAGCACAUGGGAAAGCCUUUCGUUGAACUUUUAGCGACAUCUUUCUACAAGGCGGAGGCCUAUAGCAUCGCCCGAGAUAUCAGUACUCCUCCUGGGCAAGGUAGCCAGCCUAAAGGUGUCGAAACACGGCUGAAAAAAAUGCUAGGGACUGAACGUUUCAGGGAUUUGAUUGAUCAGCAAUUUCCACAGACAAUAGCAGCUUUCUUCGGGUCCCUUGAUCAAUAUGAACAGGUCGAAAGAGCCCUCUCAAAACGUGCAAAAUUCCAGUAUGCCCUCGAUUGUCUAAGGUGCAUCCUCGGUAAAAGUGCUUCAAAAAUCGUUCUCCCUGCAAAUCAGCAACCCUCGUUCAGGGCUCGCUACCUCAUUGAUGAGUUAGAAUUCCUCUGUAAGCGCAGCGGGUAUGAACUCGAGACAAUCUGGACACCUACACUAGCUUCUUAUGUUUGCCGAAGUCUCUUGGAAUCGAUUCACCCCGCGCUUGGUUCUUUCCACGCCUGUUCUGUAAUCCGGAAGGUCAGGGUACUACUUUGCGUGGCUGGAUCUGUUAUGCUCAGAGACUAUCCAUUCGAGAUGGCCCUCCACGCCAUGCUACCGUUCCUGGUGGAUAUAUAUUGCUCAGAAGAUGCAUUAGGAAUCUUCUGGUAUCUCUUGGAAGCUGGUCAGCCUUAUCUGACAGAGACUCCCGGACUCAUGGCUGGAGUCACGGUCUCCACAUUGCUGUCCUUGAAAAGGUUUUUGGCAUCUCCCCCGGCUGAUACAGCUCAACAGAGUCAGUCAAGAAUAGUAAUAGCGAAUAUUGAAAGGUUUCUUCAGUGGCUUGGGGAGUAUAUAAAUACCUACGAGUCCUCCUUGGAUGCAGAAACACGAGAAUCGUUUCGCCGGGUGGUAAAGUCUUCAAAGGCCACCUGCACUGCUGGGUCGCAUUCAAAUGACACUAAUGAACGUGAUGUAAUCCUGGGAAUUCUUGAUGAUCGGAGCUCUCAGAAAAGCCUCUUGAGCAAGCCUGUCUCCGACCAUGUCAUAGCACUGCUCUGUGCUGACUCCGAGGAACCGCUUGAAAACUAUCACAAAUUAAAUGAGCCCGACAGGGACGCAACUUCUAAUAUCGUUGCUGUCUACCAAACUCUACAAAAUUUCAGCACCGGAUCUGGAUACAGACUGUGGGCUGCGAAAGUCAUUGGGCGUGCUUUUGCUACUACAGGCAAAGUUAGUGACACCCUUCUCAGGGAGCAAGAUCUGUCUCUUUUCAAAUCUCAAUUACCCGACUUGCGCUUAGAUGUCCACUGUUAUUCUAAAGCUAGCAUACUUCAAGAACUAUGCAACAUGCUACAAAACAACAGCUAUCUGGAGGUGGGACUCGUUGAGCGAACCUUGCAACUCAUCAUAAGUAAUCUUUCCAGGUAUCCGGGUUUUGAACAGUGCAUCAGUGUCGUACCUCUUUACUUGAUGAAAGCUUUCACAUGGAGCCCCUAUCAAUGCCCGCCCAUACCGAUACUUACUUCAGACACAGAAGGAGACGACUCCAAAAUGAAUUGGAAGAUAAGCAACCCCUUAUCUCAAUGGGCUCGCAGUAUUGCGUUAUUCUUAUCAAAAGCUGCAGCCGAAGAUCCUGUGAUUGGGUCAUUAAGUCACAUUAUCUAUGCUAUCCCUGAAUUAGCCGUCCAAAUCCUACCAUACAUGCUUCAUGAUGUUCUGCUUGCAGAAUUCCAAGAAGAAGCAAUUGUCCGACAGGAAGUUUCCCAGAUUUUCAAGCAAGCUCUUUGUGAUGUUCAUGACACUACUAUACCACAUGCACGGCUUGCAAUCAACUGCAUUCUAUAUCUUCGAAACCAGCCGAAACCAAAUGAGGCGACAAUAGUAGAACGUGAUGAAUGGCUGGAGAUAGACUUCGCAGAGGCAGCGUUGGCUGCCAGUAGGUGCCGUUUACCAAAGACAGCACUCCUCUUCCUUGAGAUACAUGCAUCUCGUGUAAUCUCUAGCUCUCGCCGUUCCUCGCUAGCCAAAUACGAAGCUCCCUCGGACAUGUUGCAUGGAAUAUUCAAGGACAUAGAUGACCCUGAUUUCUUCUACGGCAUCCAACAACGCCCCUCCCUGGACUCAGUUAUGGAAAGGCUCCAACAUGAAAGUUCAGGGUUUAAGAAUCUCCUCUUCCAAAGUGCACAGUAUGAUAGCGAGAUACAGAUGUCAGCGGACCCAAACGCCUAUGGCGUUCUAAAGGCACUCAACUCGACAAAUUUACAGGGAAUUGCUAAUUCCAUAUUCUCGGCAUCUGGUGGGAGCUUCAAUGACACAUCAAGUUCAUUUGACAGCAUGCUGCAGGCCGCAACAAAUUUAAGACAAUGGGAUAUACCCGUCUCGCCCUUGAAUCCUUCACCUUCCGCGACUGUCUUCCGGGCUUUCCAAAGUCUCAACACGUCAGGGAGCUUGACUGAUGCCUCUAAGUCUAUCAACGAGUGUCUGCUGACAACUUUGGAGUCGCUUACGAGCAGCAGUCGAUCUGCUAUGUCUUUACGAACUGCGAUGAGGGUUCUUGGGAUUAUCACUGAAGUCAGUGACGUUUUGGACGCCAGAUCAACGGAAGAAAUCAAUAAUGAAUGGCAGGAAAUCGCUGCCAGGGAGUCUUGGUUGAAGACCACCAGCGUUCAUGAAAUUAGUGAGAUACUAAACUCACACGAAGCCCUCUUCUCAUCAAUCAACCGAAAGGCUUAUUUAAGAUCUUCGACCAAUAUAAGCGAUCAUGACGCACAGCUUCUAGAGGUCAAAGCCAUUCGGCAAUCACUUCAUAUCACAAGAGCCCAGGGCAUCCAGCAAGCUUCGCUGAAAUCGGCCGUGUGCCUCUCUAAGCUCGCACACCACUGCUCUACACUAGGGAUCAACAUUGAAGGGGCCGCCCAGUUCGAUCUAGCUAAUGUUUUAUGGGACCAAGGUGAAAUGACUGUAUCAAUUCGAAUGCUUCACCAUCUCAAGGAUCAAAAUGACCUACAUAAACAGGUGGUACCAAUCAGCCGUGCAGAACUCCUCGUGACUUUGGGCCACCAUGUCGCUGAGGCACGUCUCGAGAAACCAGAGAUUAUCAUCCAAGACUAUUUAUUAGCAGCAGUCAAGGAGCUAAAAGGCCGCUCGGGGGGUGAAGAAGCUGGGAGAGUUUAUCACGGGUUUGCCACAUUUUGCGACCAACAAUUACAGAACCCCGAUGGUUUGGAAGAUUUUACGCGAGUUGAGCAACUGCGUAACCGUAAGGAAAAGGAAGUGCAAGCGUUGGAAGAUAUGAUGAAGGCUGCUGAGGGAAGGGAGAGGGAGGCUCUCAAAUUUCAUCGAACAAGGACAAAGCAGUGGUUUGAUCUUGAUGACCGUGAAUACCAACGUCUGCGAAGAAGUCGGGAAUCCUUCCUACAACAAUGUCUCGAGAACUAUCUCCUUUGUCUGAGAGAGAGCGAAACUUACAACAAUGAUGUCCUCCGCUUCUGUGCACUAUGGCUUGACAAGUCUGACAGCGAAAUCGCAAAUGCGGCCGUUUCCAAGCAUCUCAGUCAAGUUCCAAGCCGAAAAUUUGCCCCCUUGAUGAAUCAGUUAACCUCGCGCCUGCUGGAUGUGCCUGAUGAGUUCCAGAAGAUGCUCUUCUCUCUGAUUACUCGCAUUUGCGUUGAGCACCCAUUCCAUGGUAUGUAUCAAAUAUUUGCGAGCAGUAAGUCCAAGGGAGGAAAGGAUGAAUCGGCGCUAUCACGCAAUCGAGCAGCCGGGCGAUUAGUUGAAGGCCUAAAGAACGACAAGUAUAUUGGGCCGACAUGGGUCGCCGUUCACAACACCAAUAUCAGUUAUGUACGAUUUGCCAUUGACAGGCCAGAUGAAAAAUUGAAGAGCGGCGCAAGGGUUCCGCUGCGGAAACUCCAAACUGGCGCACGCCUCGAGCAGGAUGCCGCAACACAGAAACUACCACCACCCACGAUGAAUAUUGAAAUCCGAGUUGAUUGCGAUUAUAGUGAUGUACCGAAGCUUGUUAGGUACCAUCCCGAGUUCACUAUCGCAUCCGGCGUCAGUGCGCCAAAGAUUGUCUCGGCUUUUGCAAGUAAUGGUUUACGGUAUAAGCAGCUGUUUAAAGGAGGGAAUGAUGAUUUGCGGCAAGACGCUAUCAUGGAACAAGUAUUUGAACAAGUUAGCAAUCUUCUUAAGGACCAUCAGGCUACUCGGCAGCGAAAUCUGGGAAUUCGCACAUACAAGGUUUUGCCUCUUACGUCGAAUGCGGGAAUAAUCGAAUUCGUGCCACACACCAUCCCCUUGCAUGAUUAUCUGAUGCCUGCACAUCAAAAAUACUAUCCGAAGGACAUGAAACCAAACGUUUGCCGCAAGCACAUUAGCGAUGUUCAAACACGAUCACUUGAGCAACGCGUUAGGACAUACCGACAGGUUACUGAACACUUCCAUCCUGUUAUGAAGUACUUCUUCAUGGAAAAGUUUAACAAUCCCGACGACUGGUUUAGCAAAAGGCUUUCGUAUACUCGAAGCACAGCUGCCAUCUCAAUCUUAGGUCAUGUUCUCGGUCUCGGCGAUCGCCAUGGCCAUAAUAUCUUGCUAGACGAGAGGACUGGCGAAGUGGUACAUAUCGACUUAGGGGUUGCAUUCGAACAAGGCCGGGUGCUACCGGUCCCCGAAGUCGUUCCAUUCCGUUUGACACGAGACCUUGUCGAUGGGAUGGGGGUUACCAAGACCGAGGGUGUCUUCCGCCGCUGUUGCGAGUUCACGCUUGAAACCUUACGACGAGAGUCCUACAGUAUCAUGACCAUCCUUGACGUGCUUCGUUACGAUCCACUUUACAGCUGGACUGUGUCCCCUUUGAGGAUGAAGAAGAUGCAAGACGCCUCCGAAGCUGGGGGCGGACCUCCCAUGCUGCCUGGUGCUGCCGACCAACGGCCAAGCAAUGAACCAAGCGAGGCCGAUCGUGCGUUGACGGUUGUAGCAAAGAAGUUGGGCAAGACAUUGAGUGUUACGGCUACUGUAAAUGAGCUGAUCCAGCAAGCAACCGACGAAAAGAACCUGGCCGUCCUUUAUUGCGGUUGGGCUGCCUAUGCUUAA